AUGAUGCAUGUGGAGUUACAGGCCACAUGUACCGCACUUGGAUACCUGGAGGGGAACCGAUAUGUUAAAGAACCAGACUGUCUUGAAACUGUUAAGGACCUGAUUCGAUUUCUGAAGCGUGAAGAUGAAACUUGUGACAUUCGACGGCAGCUUGGUCAUGCUCAGAUUGUGCAGAGUGACCUACUUCCAUUAGUGAAGCAGCACCAUGAUGAACGACAGCUUUUUGAGACUCUCAUCAGGGUUCUGGUGAACUUAACACAGCCUGCUAUCAUUUGUUUCAAAAAUGCUGUUCCUGCUGAUAAAACAAUGUACAACUAUUAUCUGGAGGUUGAGGCAGAGCUGCAAGGUUACAAAGAGGUUUUUGUGGAUGAAGACUUUUUCAGUACUUUAACAGAACGAUUAGGGCAACUACUAAAGCUGGACUGGGAGCAUCGACAAGAGGAAGACCGCCUCCUCAUAGAGAGAAUUCUUAUCCUGAUCAGAAACAUUCUCCACGUACCACCCAAUCAGGACCAGGAACAGAGAACUGAUGAUGAUGCCACUAUCCACGAUCAAGUGAUCUGGGCCAUACACUGCAGUGGUCUUGAGGAUUUGUUGCUGUACAUUGCCAGCUCAGAGGAUGAACGUCAGUUCUCCAUGCACGUCCUUGAGAUUGUGUCACUGAUGUUUCGAGAGCAGACACCAGACGUGCUUGCUUGUGCUGGUGUUACACGAUCACAAAGUCAGAAAGAAAAAGAUGAAAGGGAACUGGAGAUGAUUAGAGAACAGGAACGUGUAAGGAAAGUCUCUGAUCAUAGGAAGUUCAGUACAAGGCAUUCUCGUUUUGGUGGAACUUAUGUAGUUAAGAACAUGAAAUCUAUCAGUGAAAGAGAUGUCAUUUUUCAUAAAGCGCAACAUGAUGUUAGUAAUUUGACUUUCGAUGUGAACAAAAAACCAAAAAAGAUUGCAAAAAAUAGACAGCCUAUCAAAGACAAGGAUUUGUUGCGACGAUCAACUCUGAGUAUCCGUCUUGGUCUGAAAGAAUUCUGUGUUCAAUUUUUGGAGAACUGUUACAACCCUCUUAUGUAUGCUGUCAAGGAUAUCCUGAAUCAUGAGAGGACACAGGAACAUGACGAGACUUAUUAUCUUUGGGCCAUUCGAUUCUUCAUGGAGUUUUGUCGUCAUCACAGUAAGCGUGUUGAACUGGUAUCAGAGACCUUGUCUGUCCAAGCAUUCCAUUACAUACAAGUACAGAUGAUACAAUACUAUGAAAUGCAGAUGAUGGAGAAAAAAGAAGCCAUUGUUUGGGGCAAACGUGUACAUCUGGCCCUAAAAGCCUAUCAGGAACUCCUGCUAACACUUGACUCAAUGGACCGAUCCAAAAACACACAGUUGAUGGAGAGCUCCAAAGUUCUAAAAGGCAACAUCUUUUAUAUGAUGGAGUUCAGAGAUAUAUUCUUAACAUUGCUCAGGAAGUUUAAUCAGAGUCAACAAUCCCGGACCUACCUAAAAGACUUGGUAGAGACAACACACCUGUUUCUGAAGAUGCUUGAGAGUGAAACACGGAGAAAUUCUCAUCUUGUUGUUCAGACAAAGAAGAAGAAAAACAAGAAAUCACAGAAGAAGGAUGUAGCAAAAGAAAAUAUUGAGCCCCAGGAGCACACACCCCAACAGUUAGAGGACAUGUGGGACAACCUAUCAACAGAGUUAUCCUCCCUGUUCCAGGGACGUGAAGAAAUACCAACAGAUGUCUCUCCAUUUGAUGCAGCCUCAGAAAUUGAGGAGGAGCAACAAAGAGUUAAAGCUAUGAUAAGUAUACAAGAUGCAUUACGACACUCCCAGCCAGGAAAUAGCAUCGCUCUUCUGAGAGCUGCAAGGGAGAUUUGGCCAGAGAGAAAUGAGUUUGGGAGUGCAGACAUAAGUCCAGAGGAAGAGUUCAUGGCCUUGCGGGAAAUCUUCAUGGCUACUCUACCACGGACACCCCAGGAGAGUCAGACAGAGGAGAAUGUAUUGGAGGAGUAUGAGGAAAGAGCAGAUAUUGAAGAAGAAGAGGUGACCACAGCUUCUGUAUCUGAGCAGGAAUUCAACUUCAAAGAAUUUGUAAAUAAGUUCAGCUCAGGUAAUAUACUGAAGUGCUAUGUUCUCCUGCUGGCUGAGUUUGACAAGAACACCACACAUACUAACCACUGUAUAGUAAAGAUGUUACACCGAAUCAGUGUAGAUCUCGGACACACAGGUCUGGUGUUCCAGGCGUCCUUGUUUCGACUGUUCCAACGCAUACUACUUAGCCCACUUGCCAAGCUUGACCGCUACAAGGAACUUGUUAAGUUUGCAACAUUCACCGUACGAAACUUUGUGGAGACAGCAGAAAAGAACCCAAAAGCUUUCAUGGAAUUACUUUUCUGGAAGUCGAGCAAGGAAGCAAGUGAAUUAGUAGAUGGAUAUGGUACAUACCAAAGUAAAGCAAAGGUAUUGUGGACUGAGGACCUGGAAAUGGAGGUGCGACACCUGUUUGAAGAGUACAGGGACCAAGAGGAUACAAGUAAAGAUGUGGUGGACUGUAUCAUGGAGAGGAUCACAGACCCGAAAAAGACCAGAGGUCAGGUUCUCAGGGAGCUGAAGAAACAGGGCUUAAUAGGAAGUGCCAAGGACAUCAAAAAGGGAAAGAAAGGAGGAAGCCGACCAGGUCCUUGGACUGAAGAGGAGGAAUUUGACUUGGCAAAUCUUUACGACAGGUUUCAUUCUACAAAUGACCCACUUGGUAGUAUCAUAGCUCAUAUGGAGGUCAAACGCAGCAAGUCUAAGGUCAUUGAGAAACUGUUUAGUCUGGGACUAGUGAAGGACCGUAAGGAGCUGUACAAGAGACGCCAGCGGAAGAUGCAGGAUUCAGACUCGGACAGUGAUAGUGGCGAUGACAGGAGACAACAAAGAGAAGACUUUCAGGAGCUUCCAUCUGACUUUGAAGAGGAGGUGUUGUCUUCUGGUGAUGAAGGUGAGGUGUCCGGCAAUGACACUGAUAAACAAGAUGAAGGUAAAGGUCAUACAGAGGACAGCGGUGUACAGGAUGAUAUGGUGGCUAUCAUCACAGAUUUGGUGGCAAAAGGUUACGGUGACCAAAUCAAGUGGAUACAGCGAGGUUUGAGUCGGACAGCUGGAGAUAAAGAGGAGUUGGCAAGUAGUAUGCCAGUUCCCAUUGUCCCACUGACCGAGGAGAAUGAAACAGCCAUGGAGGAUGAAUGCUUUCUGUCUUUCCUGAAGAAAAUUGGCAUCUGUCCUCCAAAUGAACAGGAGAUGUUCUGGCGUAUCCCAGGUGAUUGGAACCCUGCCCAGUUGAGACAGCUUGUGGAGGGCCUGACACUCGAUGAGCAAGGGACACCAAGUCAAGCCCAUACUAUCAAAACCCACAAACCACCUGCUCCCAAACCCAGCAAGACCAAGGUCAAGGAGGUGAAAAAGGACAAAAAAACAUCAGAAAGGAUGGAGAGAUUGAAAGCGAUGGCCAAGCAACGACAGCAAGAUAAGGGAAAGAAGACCAGGAGAGACAGAACAAGAAAGACACGAUCUCCUUCCCCAAUGGUUACAAGAGAUGAUAGUGAUGAUGAUGUGGAGUUGGAAGGUCGAGGAAGUCAAGUUGAUGCUGAGGUGGCAGACUCUCCAGGUCACAACCCCACAGCCAAAGUCACACCACCCUCAAAGAAAAAAUCUCGCAUCAGACGCAUUAAAGAAUCUGACAGUGAAGACAGUGAUGCUGGACAACCAUUGUCUGUUGAUGAGGAAACCAACAGGGCCCUCAACAGUGACACAGAAGCAAGCCAGUCACAGAAGCGCCCUCUAGAUUUAGGUGACAGUAGUGAUGAUGAUGAACAAUUACAGCCAGCCAAGCGUGCACGUGUUCCCUCAGAAACUAAUACAAAUGCACAACAAAGCAAGCAUGUUCAAAUCCAGUCAGAUUCUGACAGUGAUGCAGAAGCUCCUGUUCAAUCUACCAAGCCAGUUCAAAUCCAGUCGGACUCUGACAGCGAUGAAGAUGUUCCUUUAGCUGCCAAGCUUAAACAAAGCUCUUUUCCAGCUACUCAGUUCAGCUUGGAGAUGGGAGAUAACUCUGAUUCUGAACUUGAUGACCACAUACCACUUCGACAAGUACUCAAAAAGAAAAAUAGGAUUGAAAGUGAUGAAGAGGAUUGAACAUUUUCCAUGAAAUUGUCCUAUAAUGCUCUUUACUCUUUUGUUGUUUUCCUGUCAUGAACUCUGUAUUCAUUCUACAUAAUAUUUCAGACAUAUUCGUCCCAUUUGA